CCGGUCCUCCUCCCCUAGCGAGACCAAACAAACGCCUCUGCUUCACUUCCAGUCAUCUCUCCGGUUCCAGACAUGUGACUUCUCACACUUACUUUUUUAUCCCGAUUCGCGUCUUUAAUGCCUACCGAUCCAAUUCUGCUUAUGCGGUUUUACCAGAUCAAAGUCCGACAAAUCUCCGACAACAGGACGAGAUAAGCCAGGUUAUGGAUUACUCCUCGAAAGGUCUGACCUACCAGAAACCGUCAUUAUUGCCGGUACCUUCGUCGAAAGUGCCUACGACGAGGUUGACAUACACCAGGGUUCCUACGCCAAGGCCGCCAUUGCCAGUCAAGCCUAAGUCAACGGGGCAGAACUUUAGCAGAUGCUCCUCGAGUACGGAGAAGAACAACAAUCAAAUAAAGGUCUUGGCACCAUCCCGGGAUUUCAACAUCGAACAAGAACGGCACACAAAAGAACAUGCAAAAGAAAUUGCGGGCAGCAGAUCCAGUAGGUGCCGAGGUGAAGAACUUUUAUACAUGAGUACCAUGUAUUCAGUUCAAGCCUCUCUCCAGUCGUCCAGUCUUGUCAGGGGCAGGCCAAUAUCCAGAGAAGCCCAGGCUUCGGCGGCCGCCGUGUUUUUCGCCAGGGCCACGGCCAAGUUGAGUCUGGGAAGUUCGCCACAUCGAAAGAAACGACUCACAGGGGAUGGCGACGGCUUCAGUCAGGCUCUAUCCAAAUAUCCGCCCCCUAUACCUCCUCCUCUGCUCAGACGUCUCGGAUCCAAGGAAAUUUCCGGCCUCGGCAAGGUCAAGGUGAUACUGAAAGUGGCCGGGUGUGCAAGCGACGCGGAUACCUCCUUGCUUCACGUGGACAGCAGAAAGCGUCAAGUGACGCUUUUCGACCCUGCUACUUGCGGGGCUGCAUCUCUCGCCCCUGAAGAAAGGCGGCUGGGAGUUGCAGCCCCGAAGAUGUUCGCUUUUGAUGCAAUCUUCACGGAGCAAGACCCGAAGGGGGAGCUCUGCGCCACUGGAUUAACGGAUGUCAUCCACGCGGUCAUCAAUGGCACUGAUGGCUGUCUCUUCUCCUUCGGACAUUCCAAACUUGGAAAAUCCAACACCAUGAUUGGUCAGCCAAAAGCGGACCAGUUGGGAGUGAUUCCGUGUGCCAUAUCCUGGCUUUUUAAAUGUAUCGCAGAACAAAAACAGAAAACUGGUGCGAGGUUCUCGGUCCGAGUGUCUGCAGUAGAAGUGGCAGGACCAUCGUAUAUGCUUAAAGAUCUCUUGAGCCAACACGCAUCAGAAUGUGAACAGUCACCCGGGAUCUACUUAUGUGAGGGAGCUCUUCAGAACUACUGCGAGUUAAGGGCGCCAACCCCAGAAAAGGCGGGUUUCUUUUUCGACAAUGCCCUUACUGUAAGAUCAUCAGAACAAUCUCAUUUAUUCUAUACACUGCACGUCUAUCAGUACAGCGUAGCCGGCAAAGGUGGAGUCGCAGGAGGCAGGAGCAGGCUGCAUCUAAUAGACCUUGGAGGAUGUGAAAGAAGCAAAGGCACUGGUCUACCUCUUUCUGGUAUUGGUAAUGUUCUUCUAGCGAUUUUCAAUGGUCAAAAGCACAUACCUCAUAGAGAACACAAAUUGAGCCAGCAGUUGAAAGAAUGUCUUGGCUCACUCACAUGCCACGCUGCCAUGAUUGCUCACGUCUCUCCAGAAGAAUCCUGUUACACGGACACCCUUACCACAGUUCAUCUCGCUUCCAGGAUUCACAGAAUGAGGCGGAAGAGAUUUAAGUUUCCUGCAAACGGCGGAGCCAUAGCUGGUGAAGAAGGGUGCAGGUUGACAGGGAGUAGUGACAUUGAUCCUUCCAGUAGCGAACAGUCCGCCGAUACGGUCAUUUACGUUGGACCAACAGAUGAAACCGAUGGAGAACAUCCGCCUGUCUAUUUACCUAGUCUUAAUUCUGGUGACAACCGCUGCGCUAUGAGCAAAGCACUUCGAGGAUCUUUAGUAGAUCAGAAAAUCAAAAGCGUCUCCAGAUCGGUCCCGGCUUCACCACAAAGAUCCGCACCAGAAGAAAAGCCAACACAGAGAAAGGCCACAAAACCCAACAGCACAAGGUCUUCCCCGGUGAGGCAGGCGAAAACCUCUAGAGAAGAGAAAUGGAUCGACGGUCCACGGAUCCUCAAGUCGAAGGUCACCGAAGGUCGCAACAUACACUUGGGCAGGGAGAAAAAAGAGACUUGGGUCGACGGGCCCAAACUUUCUAAUGGGCAUAAUUACGGUUUCAUGGACAGUCACAAGAAGAACAUGAUACGAAAGUGGGUCGAAAACCAGAGCAUGCAUGUCGGCAAGUCUAGGCACCACAAGGAACAGUUCCGAUCGACAGACGAGGCUAGAGGACGAGCCAGCGGACAAGAGGAUGAAGGAAGCUCCAACCAAACCACACAUUUACUACCUGUCAACAAAGUAGUCCCACUAGAAAAGCUGGAGUGUUCUGGUGUAGAUCAGGAGUACGAUGAAGACAUGGAAGUAGAAAUAAUAGAAGUGGAAGAACCAGCUGAGCCGGUUCCAAUGCAAGAUUGUUGCCUCCAGGUAACAGAAGAGGAUAUCGCUCUUUGUAUGGGAGAAGUUGAAAACCCUUUGCCAGAGGUGGACCAAGAGGAGCACCCAUUAAGAAUACUAAGUCAGGAGAAUUUGACCGUAGUGUCUACAUUUACUGAUUCACUAUCAAUUGUUAACGAUCUGGAAAGGCUGUUUCCUCGAAACUCAACACUGGUUGGAGGCGGCAACAUAUGGGAGAAGACGAAAGCUAACAACGCCGAUAUCCUUGCUAAAAAAAUGGCACAGUACGAGCAGUUGACUGCGCUCCAUGAUCUGUACAACGCCAAGAGGAUUGUCAACGAGAUGAAACCGGUUUCACGAUGCCAAUCACUCAUGUUUUCGGAGUUCAUCAGCGGAACAGCUAAUGACUUUGAUGUGAAUAGCAUAGCAAGUGAACCUGCUUACUUUCCGGGAGAGAGUAAGCUCUGUGACAAUUGUAAAGUAAAUCUGGAGGUGAAAGAAGAGGCCAAUAUGGCAUGGGCUAAGCAGGACACGAGAUUUCACAGUUUUCGCAAAAUGACAAGCAUUUCAUCACUGAGGCAUCCUGAUGGGGCUUCGAAUCCAAAUUUGAGGGACAUGUGCAACCGAGAACCUGGAAAUGGAGCAGAAAUGAAUAUGGGAAAGGAUGAGGAUGAUGACAUCUCUGUACCUCCUCCUCUAAACUCUAGCAUGUACACUAUUACAAGAGAAACUUUUGAUGGAGCAAAACUUAAAAAUGGAGGGUGUGAACUUACCAACAGCUUCGACCACACUAUAAAUAAAGCUCAGUAUUGUAAAGCUGAUGUCGAGAGGCUGGAGAAAGGAUGGAAUGACACUCAAAAAUGCAUAAGGCGUGAUAUCGGGCAGGAACAAAAGGUUUUGAAAGCCGAAAUUACUGCAACGAGACAUCGUAUAUUUUCUCCGCUAUACUCUUGUUUUAGUGGAAACGGGGGCUUGUUUGAAAAGCGAAAUCAAUUCCAGGCGACAUCAUCAAGCAAAACGCCCAACAAGUCGCAGGCAGUAUAAAAUAUAUACAACUGAUCCUCACACUUUGCAACCAAUUAACCCACAAUCUUCUAAUGUGUACACAUUAUUAAAAUAUGAAGUUGUUUUUGUGUAAUACAACAUUUUGAAUCUUCAUUACUUUAAAUCUCAGACCAACUUUUUUGUAAAUGAAAAAAAGUCAAUAUCUACAAAGUGGUUAUUCCCGAAUUAUUUAUAUAAUCAAUUAGUGUUGGAAUGUAGUAGGAAUGCUGAAUGUAAAAAUUAUAUUUUCUUCUAUAAACGUUCUUACCUCAAACACUGUGACUGCAUCAAACUAAAUGUCUUUCAACUGAAUCUUUGACUAUAAAGAAGUAAACAAUAAUUUCACUCUUUAGUACUUUUUAAUAAUUAGCUUAAAAAGAGGUUAAAUUAUCUAUCUUUCGGUCAUUCUUAAAGACAUAUUCUUAAAAGAAAACUAAGAAAUUUUCUCACACUCUUUGAUUUACAUACUUCGGUCAUUUGGAACAGAUGUGUUAAUUACUAUAACUAAUAUGUAAAUAAAUUAAUUAUAUGUGAUAUUUUAGUGUAAAAAUGUCAAGCUUCUAUUCUAGCUUUGAAAGUGGUUAUGUUGUAUUUGUAUGUUUAUAUUUGCGACCAAAAUUAUAAAUUAAAAGAAACCUGAAGAAAAUUAUACACAAAAACUGCAUAUGGUCUGAUCUAAAAUGAAAAUCAAUGGACAUAAAACAAUAAAAAAAUAUUAGUAAUGCAGGGAGCAAAACUCUCGUCAUGCAUGAAAAAGAUUAAGUAAUGUAAUGAUUAACGUUAAUUUGUAAUUAAAAUGUAAAUUUGUGUACUU